GCCCCUUUGAAGUCACUCUUUGCCAGGGUUGCUGGAGGCGUUGGAUUGGGAAGUGUAGGAAAGCAAAGUACAGAUGGAGGGCAGCAGGAGUAAAACAUGGCCGCGCGCUUGGGAACGAUGGUGAGGUACCUGCUGACAUCGCGAAAGCUCAAUAGCAGUGAAACUUGGUGUCUAAGACUAUAAGGAAUACAGAAUAUUUUGGUCGAUUCUCGAUUCCAUUCGUGUACCUGUGGCAUUAUCAUUGGCAUACGUUUGAGAAUCUGACGACGGAAGCUUGUGAUCCGCGCGGGAACUGGCUAGCUGAACUGCUGCCUCCCUAUGGAGGAGAGCCGCUAUGGGCGAAUACGUGCAUUUCGUACAAAUAAUUAACGGUAUCCCUGUUCGCAUUCAAGGUCCAGUCGGAUUUGGUGGAUUGUCUUCUCUAAGUUCAAUUGGCUCUGGGAGUUCAUCGUCGUCGAACGGUGCCUUCGCUCCGGAACUGCCGGGUUCUCGUGGUAGUCGGUGCUUCAAUCUGAACGCGAGUCCCGCAUCUAGUAGCACCGGAGUACCUUUGCCUGUGUAUCCCGAUAGCAUGUUGGGGGAUGAUCGUGUAAUGUCCUCCAGUGGUACUGCGCAGUCAGCGUGCUGUUUACCCACGUCACAAGCAUCUAGUGGAGCGAUUUGUAAUGUAGGGGUUCCGCACACGUCCGGCUCAAGCAGUGUAUAUCCAUCUUUGGUCCGUUCCAUGGCCGGGGGUAUGCCGAGUAGUGGACUCUCUGUCCAAGGACAUACUCGGGGCUUAUCCGGCCCCGCUGAUAGCUCUGCGGCAAGUGGCGCCCUGGGCACCCACUUCCGCCAUCCGUCAACUGCCCCGUUGCGGAAGCUUUCCGUCGAUUUGAUAAAGACGUAUAAGCAUAUCAACCAGGUGUAUUACGCAAAGCGCCGACGAAGGGCUCAAAGAGGUCAUCAAGGUGUAGAUUCAGCUGUCCCCGUGGAUAGCAGCAGCAGUAGUUCAAAUAAUGCUGCCGAAACCACGAUGAACGGACUGUCGGCGAUGGCUAGUGCUACGACGACGACUACGAGCACUCCAGAUGGAUCCCAUUUGAAGAAGGAAAAGAAGAUCUAUAAUGACGGUUUUGACGAUGAGAACCACGAUUAUAUCAUCAAGGCUAACGAGAAGUUUCUCGAUCGCUAUGAGAUUGACUCUUUAAUUGUUCGUCUAAAAAGCAAUUUUAUGUGGCGAAACCACCUAUGCCUGGUGUUCGAACUUCUUUCGUACAAUUUGUACGAUUUGCUUCGUAACACCAACUUCCGUGGAGUAUCGCUGAAUUUGACCCGGAAGUUCGCCCAGCAGCUGUGUACUGCGUUGCUUUUUCUUUCGUCUCCUGAACUUUCGAUUAUCCAUUGCGAUUUGAAGCCAGAAAACAUCCUACUUUGUAAUCCGAAACGCUCCGCCAUUAAAAUUGUGGAUUUCGGUUCUUCAUGUCAGCUAGGACAAAAGAUUUACCAGUAUAUCCAGUCGCGCUUCUACCGAAGUCCUGAAGUACUGUUGGGAUUACCGUACGAUCUGGCGAUCGAUAUGUGGAGCCUUGGUUGCAUCCUUGUAGAGAUGCAUACUGGAGAACCACUGUUUUCUGGUGCUAAUGAGGUUGAUCAAAUGAACAAGAUUGUCGAGGUGCUCGGUAUGCCGCCGAAACAUUUGCUGGACCAAGCCCAGAAGACCCGCAAAUAUUUCGUGCGCUUGCCGGAUGGUACGUAUGUGCUGAAACGAGUCUCGCAAAAGGAAGGCGGCACGGCGGUGUGCUGCUCUUCAGCAUCCUCGUCAUCCCUCGGAUCCGGCGCGACUAAGAAGUAUAAGCCGCCAGGUACUCGUCGACUGCAUGACGUUCUUGGAGUAGAAAGUGGUGGUCCAGGGGAACGACGACUCGGUGAACCAGGACAUGGUGUGCCGGACUACUUGAAAUUCAAGGACCUCAUCCUUCGAAUGCUGGAAUAUGAUCCGAAACUGCGAGUCACGCCGUACUACGCGUUGCAGCACAACUUCUUCAAGCGGACUACGGACGAAAGCACGAACACAAACGUGGGUUCUGCGCAGGGCUCUGGAGGCGGAACGAGCCACGUGGCUUCGACUUCGGGAAGCCACAUGGAGCAGCUGUCGAACGCAGUCGCACAAGUGUCUGCCGCCGGCGUCACGAGUAUGAUUGGUUCGUCGGCGUUGCCGACUGUACCAGGUACAGCAGCUAACAUGAUUUUGUCCGAAGUCUACGAUUACGCCAAAGUUCCGCGUCUUCAGGCCUUGUCCGCCGUUAAUUUUUCAUGGAAUUCUGCGAGCCGGUCGUACUCCGUUUCCACGAAUUCUUUAAACUCCGUGUUGAGGGCUGAGAUGGAUUCCGACGAGUAGGGCUCGCUCGAUUGCAGUUCUUACAAAAAAAAAAAAAAAAAAAGAUCUGAUGAUACUGAAGACUUUCUUUCUAAUGAUGUACUGUUGGAGGAUACCGUUGAUGCGUCUUAGUGGGAGAAAUAUCCCUGAAUGCCUCUGAAACCGCAAAGUUACCGGAGUCGGAAUUCGUUCCAACCCGUCAGAGAAUUCAUGAGCGAACAGCGCGCACAUCCGAAGUAUAAUGAAAACAUCUCGCAUUUUGCUUUUGCUGGAAGGUCAAUCAACAGAAAAUUUACCUAAGGUUUUCUUGCGAAUGAACGCGCUUCAUUUGGCGAUUCCCUGACUUGGUAGUGAGCCGCGUCAGUUGAAAUCAUCCUAUACCUUUAAAAUACUAGACCAUUCUAUUUUAUUCAAUUGACGAGGUUUCAAGAUAUCUGAGGAUUCCAGGAGCGAAGGAGUGAUGUUGCCGAUUGAUUUUAAUUUCCUUGAUGUGAUGUGAGUCUGCGGACUUCGUCUCUUUUGAAACUUUCCCAAAAAUUGUUGGCGAGUAUUUUAGAGGUGUUCAGCCGACAAACACUUAUUUUGGAAUCACUUGGGCAUGAGAUCCUUUUUGAGAUCUCGCUUUGCUCUAUAUUCUCAAUCAAAAAUUUUUACUCCGGAGACUUGAGGCUGAUCUUGUUCAAUGAAAAUUUGAUGUGUAUUUCAAAUUUAUGUAGUCUGAUGAAUCUUGCAGAAGUACGAGUAAGACGUAAUUCCUUUCGCGUGAAUGCAAUGCUUCGAAUCAUUCAAUUGAAAUGUCGUAAGCAUUAAUUGAACGAGCGUCCCUGGGUACAAGUUGGGAGUAUUUUGGUGUGCGCAUAGGUGAUGAGUUAUGAAUACCAUAUUUUCAGCAUUACCGCCGAAACACGAUUUGAUCAAAUGUAAGGUUCCAUUCCUGUCAUCACCUGGUGUGUAGCAAUUGAAGCUAGUUAGUUUUCCAUGUUGACGGACUUCUGUCGUACAGAUAACGCUUCAUGUGAAGUGAACGUGGUCAGCUAUGCUUUUUAAUCAAUCAGUUUUUUGUUGAAAUACAAGACAUAACACUUCGUGUACUUCCGAAUUGAGAAGUUUUAGAGUAUAAGUUGCGAGCCCUUUAAGUCGGAACCGUGGGGAGGAAUACGACAAGUGCCUCUUACUAUUUUUGGGGAUCUUCAAAUGAGCGGAGCUUGUGCAUGAAAAAGUAUGCAUUGUUCUCUGUUCCGAUGGUGGAGAAGUUUCCUUUUUUCUUUUCCAGUGUCGAACGAAUUUUUGCGAUGGUUUAGUGCCAUUCGCUUAGAGGAGUAGUGAGUUUUAUAUAGAAUGAUGGUGAAUGCGGUCGUUGGAAUGGUUAUGAACGUGGUUGCGGAUUUUUUGUAUAAGUUCGAAUUCGUGCUGUUUCUCUUGCCUUUUUUCCCGUUCGUUUUGAGUGAAGAAGUAGUGCGAUUGGGUGGGUGCAUUUUUUAUUUAUUUUUUUGCCCAUGUGUUCUACUUUCCGGGAAAUUCGGAAAUAUGAUCGGUUGCUCGUUAUUGCUUUCUCGGCGUCGCUCUCUUUUCUCAUUCCUUUGACUGUCGACAAUCCUCGUUCUUCUUGAUUUUCAAUUUUCCAGCGGAUGUAUAGUUGGAUUUUUGAAGGUUUCCAGUGUUUCUCUGAUUAACUGCAUUGAUGGGAUAUGGUAAUUCGGCGGAAGUAGGGUUAAAUUUGGUGCGAACGUCCAUUCUUAAGACGAACACUGACACUCUGGUGCCUUCUUAAAUUCAAAAGAAUGCGAUCCGAGUAUUCAUUUUAUUUCUAAGAUUUCUAUUGUGCUGAGUAGAACUAUAAAAAAUGUUCUGCACGUGGAAUGAAUUCAUAGUUUUCCGGUCUUGGUGGUUGAAGUGUCCUUCCUCGCUAAAUCAUUUUACUUUACAUACAUAUGCUCGUCCACAGCAUGAUUGCCGCAGCAUCGCAUAAUAUGAGAGCAUUAAUCUUCAUCACGCAAGCAAAUUUUCAUCUGAAGUUCACUUCAGCUUGCGUGCCACUUGAACUGAAACAUCUCAGAUAUACCGUAGAGCAGGGAUUUGUUGAGUGCGACCAAUAUGAAUUCUCAUGACCCUGAACAAAAUUUUGCAUACUCUUUUC